AUGACUUUGUCUUAUCCUACCCCUAUCGUGUUCCCGCCCCGCUCCGGGAAGCACUCUUCAUCUGUGAUCUUUCUGCAUGGCCUGGGAGACAGUGGGGAGGGCUGGGCCGAUGUGGGUGAAUUUGAGAUGGCUCCAAGAUUGCCAGAUACAAAACUCGUCUUCCCAACUGCUCCUCAGAGAUCCAUCACACUCAACAUGGGGAUGAGGAUGAAUGGCUGGUACGACCUGACGAGUCUCGACGCCAUCAAUGAGGAGGAAGAUGAGCAGGGUCUGAGGGAGAGCUUGAGCUUUGUGGAAGAGCUCAUUGCAGCUGAAGUUUCUGCUGGCAUUCCUCACUCGAAGAUUUUGGUGGCUGGAUUCUCUCAAGGGGGAGCUACAGCACUAUUGGCCCUUCGAUGCAGGUAUCAGCUUGCUGGGGUCCUAUCGCUGAGUGCUUAUCUUCCCCUCCGGACUGAAAGUGUCAUUUCAGAGGAGAAUCUGACUACUCCAGUGCUGAUGCUGCACGGAGACGCAGACCCUACAGUGAAGUACAGGUUCGGAGUGCAGAGCUUUGAAAUUCUUAAGGUGGCAGGAUCAAAUGUACAGAUGAAGACCUACAAGGGGCUCCAUCACAGCAUCAAUCCCACGGAAUUAUCUGACAUGGUGGAUUUUCUGACGCAAGCACUGAUGUAA